GGCGAAGUGGCGCACUGGACAACCCACCAAUUGGGCUCGGCCACUCCAGACAAGAUCGACGCAGCGUGCGGUCUGACGAAUUCAGACCCAGCUUGUCCACAACUUCUCCAUCCACGGCGACCCUGGAAUUGCACUACUCUGGCCGCAUCUCAUGCUUUGAAUCCGCGCAGCUGUCGGUGCUGAAAACGUUGCUGGCGGCCAACGAAAUCACGUGGCUCGCGGCGGUGGUGAAUGAUUGGCUUUGGUGCUCACCCACCAGUACACGCCGUCCUACUCGACAGCCAGCAGUUUCUUCGUGUGGGUGGUCAUGGCGGGUAUUUCGCUGGCCCUUCCCAUGACCUAUUCGCUGACCAUCGACAACAAUGUCACAUGGCGCAGGUGGACUUUCAGGUCGUGUGCACGACUGGCGACCUAGCCAUCGGCCAACCCGUCCGCUUUGUGCUUUUGAUUGCCAUCGUCCUGGUCUCGAAAUGUGGUGUGCUAUGCCAUCACACGCUACCUAGUGACGAAUACCCAGAAAACCCGACUCAAGUCUGGUUUCUUGUUCGCAGGAGCCAAGUACAUGUUUACAACGGCGGAAUAGAUCAGCGAUGAUAUGUACUUUAUGGAUCGCAUAUCAGCAGCCAUUAAUGGCAUUUUGACGGUUCGUCGGGGCAGUGUCAUGUACGGGCUCGACAUCAAGUUCUGGUGCACGUUGCAAGUGGACCUCGCCGACACGAUGCCGCACACCCGCGCGACCGAGUUUGCGUUGCCAUUGCAUUUAUCCAAUGAAUACUGAUAUCCA